AUGUUUCUCUCAGCAGCAACGGCAUUUGCUUUGAUCGGUGCCUUCGCCUCAGCAGCACCAACUUCAUCACCCAUAUUCCCUCCUCGCUCAACAUCCGAGUCUUUCCGCUUGAUAGCAAAUGUAACAGCCAACGACCUCACGCCCUCAAUAAACGGCUGGGAACUCUCAUCAUACCACACUGGAGCUGGUCAAGGAUACGCAGUCCUAACAAACCCCACGCCAUCAGUAGGACGUAUCUUCUACACCAACGGAACAGCCGAAGAUAUCCGCUAUCGUCAAUCAGAUAUCCUCUCAGACGGUGGAACCCCGCUCUUUCCAUUCGGAAUCGUUCUCAACCAAGAUAAGAGCGUUUCUGUAAAUGCUGGACUUGGAACACCCGGUGUCAAUCUUGCUUUGUUCCCGGAUCCCAUCUCGGCUCUGAGUACAGUUGGAAAGGAUGGCUUUCAUGCUUGUCAGACUGCUUUGCCUUUCUCGCCAGUUCAGAUCUAUACCAGGGCUUACGAGGAAGAAACGCCAGCUGGAUGCGCAGAUGUGAGGUUGUUGGCACAAUGUAGCGAGAGCAGUGGUGCCGAGCAUCCCUUUGGUGCUAUUAGUGGCUGUUAUGCCGACGUGAAGGGCAUUGAUUGGUCUAUCUACAGUGCUUAA